CCAGAGCAGAGGAGAAUUGGCUCUGCCUUGUCUAAAACAAGGGCUUGUCCUCUGGGCUGCUUGGUGCUUUGACAUCUUGUCUCCAUAGCAGUGGUCAGCUGGAAAGAGUGAUUAAAGAGGCCCUGUUCAUUGACUCGGGUAAUCCCGGCCAGCGCGGCCGCGCCGGGUGCUGCGGCAGGCAGAGCAGCUGCUGCAGCAGCAGCGAAGAGGCAAAAUGGCUCUUGCUCUCCUCUUGGCAGCAAUCCUGGGACUUCUUAUUGUCAAGGCUGUUUUGUUUCAGCUGAGGAACCCGAGCUCCCCUCCUUGCAUCAGGAGCUGGAUCCCUUGGUUUGGAGCUGCGUUUCAGUUUGGGAAAGCUCCUCUGGAGUUUAUAGAGGAAGCUAGAAGCAAGCAUGGGCCCGUAUUCACAAUAUUCGCUCUGGGAAAACGGUUUACUUUUGUGACUGAGGAAGAAGGAGCUGAAGCAUUUUUUAAUUCUAAAGACUUAAAUUUUGAACAGGCAGUACAACAAGCUGUUGAGAAUGCAGUUUCCGUCCCUGCAGAAGCAUUUUAUCAGAACCAUGGUAACCUUUACAGCAUGAUGAAGGGAAAAAUGGGUCCUUCUAACCUGCACAUGUUCACAGGCCCUUUGUGCAAGGAACUACAUGAGCACAUGGCACACCUGGGCACAGAGGGCACAGGGGACCUCAAUGACCUGGUAAGGCACAUCAUGUAUCCAGCAGUGGUGAACACUUUGUUUGGAAAAGGCAUCUGCCCGACAAGUCAGAGUGAAAUCAAGGAGUUUGAAGAACAUUUUCAGAAGUACGAUGAGGACUUCGAAUAUGCUUCUCAGAUACCCGAGUGCUUCCUGAGGAACUGGUCUAAAUCCAAAAAAUGGCUUCUAAAAUUAUUUGAGAAAGUAGUGUCAGACGCCGAAAGGACCAACCCUUCAGAGACCGCAUCCAAGACACUACUGCAACAUCUCCUGGAUAACUUGCAAGGAAAACAUCUAGCUCCUAAUUAUGGUCUCCUAAUGCUCUGGGCUUCCCAAGCAAAUGCUGUCCCUGUUGCAUUUUGGACCCUUGUUUUCAUACUCUCUUAUCCUUCCAUUUACAAGAAAAUCAUGGAAGACCUGGCUUCUGUGUUUGGCAAAGCAGGUAGAGAUAAAAUAGAAGUCUCUGAAGAGGACCUUAAGAAGCUCCCUUUUAUUAAAUGGUGCAUUUUGGAAGCCAUACGGCUGAGGUCACCAGGUGCAAUCACCAAGAAAGUAGUAAACCCAAUAAGAAUUCAGAACAAAAGCACAUGGACAAAUUGGCUUAAAGUUGGGUAUUCCCCAUUGUCCGGAGGAUGGCCUUGUAUACAGAGAAGAUGUACACAAAAAGGAGGAGCCCGUAGGAAUAAGCAAGACUUUAAAGUUCAGCUAUAUAUUCCAAAUAAUAUGCUCGUCUCCACAUAUUUACACAGGCUCAUCGGUCUUUCCAGUCAGAUGAUUUCUGGAUCGUUGGAAAGAGGCAAAUUUAGAGAAGAAUGCUUUCUUGGACAGCUUUGUGGCAUUCGGAGGAGGGAAGCAUCAGUGUCCAGGAAGGUGGUUUGCCAUCAUGGAAAUCCAGUUGUUUGUUGUGCUAUUCCUAUACAAAUAUGAAUUUGUGCUUUUGGAUGCAGUACCAAAGGAGAGCCCUUUACAUUUGGUGGGGACACAGCAGCCCAUGGCACCAUUCCGGGUCCACUAUAAAUGCCGGGAAUGAAAGAUGCCCAGCACUAACUCACCUUCCUUUGCCAGCCACCCCUGGAUGGACGGACCACUGAGCUGCUUCUCUAUCCUACACCUUCAGAUAGGUUCUCUGCCUUAACAGGUCUUAAUUUCAACUUUAAAUGCUGUACAUACUCUGAGUUGUGGUAUGUCAUACCAGUAUAGUCGUAUCUGUGUUCCUCACCUGAUUGCCUACCUCCUAGUAUUUAAAAAUCAGCUCUCCAGGUGUGUUACUGAAAAACUGGUAAAAGAAUUUCUCAACAGCUGCAUUGAUAAUUUGUGGGCCAAAUUACUCACUGAUUUUGCAAAUAACUGAUAUACUAAACUCACCAACCAGACAUUCAGGACAAAAAAGCUGCUACAUUUGGAAAUCCUGCAUGGAAGUUGUGCUAGAAUCAGCGGAAAAGCAGGUCCCUCGGGCCAGGUCACGGCUUCCUGCAGGUCUCUUCGAACCAAGGCCAAAGUGGUGCUUCGUGCUAAGGAAUCAGAUUGGUAAUGCCAUACAGCUCUCUGGUGCUGGUGUGCACAAAAUACAGUGCUGAGCAGAGACCUCCAGAUCAGAUCCACAGCCACGACAAACUAGCAGGACUUAUGUAUCACUGCCCGCGUAGGUAGGUGAAGAUCUGGCCUGCUCUGCCUACAGUCGGUGCCAACUUUUUGCAAAUAAAAUGCAUUUGUAAUGGAAAAA